AUGGAUGACAUUUUUCUUCUUGGAAAUCUUCGUGCUAGAAAAUAUGAUAUGCAAAGAUCGUUGAAAAUGCUGAAGAAUUAUUAUGAAGUCAGAAUACAGUAUCUUCAGUACUUUAAAGAUCUACUUCCUUCUAAAUUGGAACAUGUUUUAACACUGAAUGGUAUUCAAAUCUUACCAAAACUAGAUAGUAAAGGAAGAUUUAUGUAUUUUGGUCAAAUGAGUAAAUGGGAUACUUCUGUUGCAAAUGGAACAGAUGUAAUUCGUGCUAUGAUGCUUACCUUCGAUCUCAUGUUAAAUUUUCAUCGAACUCAAGAAAAUUGUAUGGUUUUUAUUUCGGAUGCUAGUGGAAUGUCACUAUCACAUUUUCUGCAGAUGUCGCCAAGUUUUAUCAAUUCAGUGGUAAACAUUUUAUUGGUUCACUUACAUUCCGACAUGUCUACUUUGCAUGAAUUCAUUCAUCCGGAUUUUUUGCCUUUGGAAUUGGGAGGUAAUUUGCCUUCUGAUCCGAGUAAAUUCAAGAAUAUGAUUAGAGCCAACGAAGAAUUCUUUCGCAAAAACGAAGAAUAUUUGAGAUUGUACGAAGAGGAAAGAAAUAAGCACUUCAAUCAAGGCAAAUUUACUUACGUUGGUGAAGAUUUUGAAGACGAAAAAGUUAAGAAGUUUCUAGAGAAAUCGGAAGAAAAAUUUAAAUGUUAUUCCGAUGAUCCAGAAGCAUUUAUGGCUUCUCUGAAAGAAGAUUCGGAAUUGGAAAUUACACAUUUUUGA